AUGAUUUUCGAUCUUGGCUAUAUCCGGGGUUUUGAGAUGCUUGCAGUGUUUUUUCUCCCAUAUAUAACUCGUUUGGCUCAUUUAAAAGUAUUCGGCAAAGAUCCCAGCACUUUCUUACGCAAAGCCUUCUGGGAGACGAUGACUCAACGCAUGGAGUAUGGCAUAAAGAGGAACGAUCUCAUAGAUAUUCUUAUCGAACUAAAGAAAAAUUACGGUCAGCAGGAUAUAGGAGGAUUCAAAUUUGAUGAUGACGAUCUAGUAGCGCAAGCAGUCAUCUUUUUCACCGGUGGUUAUGAAACUUCUUCGACGACAAUAUCUUUUGCUUUGUACGAACUCGCAGUACAGCCAGAGAUUCAGGAUAAACUUAUGAAGGAGAUUCAUAAUGCGCUCAACGAAAGCGAUAACAAGAUCACAUAUAACAUGGUAAGUGAAAACGCGAUACAUGUGUUAUUGCUUGCUAUCAAAGAAUUAUUAUAACGAACGAGAUACAAA